AUGGCCCUACACAUGCCAACACUCUGGGCGCCCAAUCUCUUCUAUGUGGCCUCUUCCAUCCUGAUUGGCUCCACCAUCGUGACAUAUCUCCUGAAAUUCAUCAAAUUCGACCUGAAGCCCUUUCUCUCCACGAAGCCUGGCAAAGCCCUCGAGGCCACCGUCCAAACAGCCUUGGAACGCUUCCUCAACAUCCUGUCCGUCUCGGACCCUCUCAGUCCCCCCUCGAGCCCAGCCACCAUGGCUUCGCGAGGCUACUUGGAAACCGUCCCCUACCGCCGUGGCUCUCGCCCUGAGGUCGAAGGCAUCAGCAGCCCUAUUCAGAAGACGCAACUACCCCCGUGGGAACAAAAGGAUGUGGAAGACCGCCUCCGCAACCUCAUCAUUGACAUCCCGGCUCGAUAUCCGCAGUCCACCUACCUAGGCCGCUCGACCUUUGAGCCCGAGUCUCCAACCUCUCUAUACGCCCGGCACCGCGCCUUCAAUGAGACUAAGUACUAUGGAGAGAUCCUCAGUGCCAACACCGAAGACGGCUUCAUCCACUCAACGCUCCACCCCAGUGAUGUCAAGACCGUUAUCGAGAAGGGCUGGGGUCAAAGACAUCCUCUCUCCGGCCGAGUCGGGUCUCGACUCAUGCGCCUGUUUAACGCCAACCAGCCGAGUCCUGUCGAGGGCUCUCAGGUUCUGCUCUACGCGCCCCGCAACCAGGAAGACUUGGAAGUCAUCAAAGACAUCAUCAACGCUGCAGUUUGGUGGGUCGGAGGCAUCGACAACAGAGUCGACGACGAGAACUUCUGA